CAUCGCGCAGGCGCGGCGGGGCCGGGCGCCGCACGCAGCGCGCAGGCCCGGCGGUGCGUGCGUGGAGGCGGGUUUGAACGGUGGCGGGUAGCGGAGACUCUCGGUCUUGCGCCGCGCCGCUAAUGGAGCCCAUCCUGAAAGGUAUAUGCUCAUUUGUCGAAGUUUGGUCAUCUAAAAGAACAGAAAAUUACUCGAAAACCUUUGAGCAGCAACUUCUUGAUAUGGGAGCAAAAGUUUCAAAAACUUUAAACAAGCAUGUGACCCAUGUAGUCUUCAAAGACGGACGUUUGGCUACAUGGAGGAAAGCACAGAAGAUGGGUGUAAAACUGGUUUCUGUACUCUGGGUGGAGAAGUGUCGAGAAACUGGAGUACAUGUUGAUGAAUCCUUAUUUCCUGCAGUAGGCAUUAAUGAAGAAUUCCCAUUACUGAUCAAAAAACACAAAUGUAUGCAACCAAAAGACUUUGUUGAAAAAACUCCAGGAAAUAAUAGAAAGCUGCAGAGAAGACUGGAGCAGAUGACUAAAGAAUUAGCUGUACAAAAAACAGCAAUUAAUGCUGAAACUGAUGUACCAGUUUUACUAUUUGAAGACAAUGGUUCGCUUGUAUACAGCCCUAUUAAUAAGGUAAAACAUCAAUGCAGUGCAAUGGAAAGAGUAAAGGAGAUGAAGGAAAAAAGAGAAAAUAUGUCUCCUGCUGCUUAUCAAAUGUCUCAAAUACCUCCAAAUAGUUCAGCAGAAGACUGCCUGCUGUCUACUUCUGUCUUAAGUAAUUCAGAAGAUGCAUUGUUAUCAGGAGAAGAAAUGGAAGACUGCUUGAAUGCAAGUUAUGGUUAUCUUUGGGGAACUGAUAAAUUAAAGAGACAGAAAACAGAGGUAGUAAAACAUGCCUGUGAUACUUGGACUGAUAUUCCUGUAUCCAUGAGCGCAUCAGUGAAUUCUCCCUCACACAGCUAUGAGCAGAAGAGCUUAACACCAAAACAACAUAGCAGAAGAAGCUUAAGAAAGAAACAGAUUGUGCAGCACACUUUGUAUGAUAAAUUGUCCUUAGGAAAAAAAGAUCUAAAAAAGUUUCCAAAGAAAAAUCAGAAGGAUGAAAAUAGCAGAACUUCAGUUGCAAAUGAAAGGUCUCUUCUCCAAAUCAAGGGUUUGGGUCAUAUUACUCCUUCCAAAAAAAUAGUCAAGUUAAAUACUGUUCCUGCUUUGAUUGACAGUCCGUCUAAUUCACCUAUGAACAGUGAAGACUUAGAUACAUCUUCAUUGGAUAGAAGCUUCCCUGUUGACAGAAAUUAUUGCAUUCUUGAGGACAAAAAAAGGAAGAAACUACAAACACUACCUAGUUUGAAACUGGCUACCUCAGAACUGGGUGAAUCAGAGUCUGAAGAGUUCUUGCAAGCAGAUACUACAUGUAGCAACUCUUCUUGCGCUGAAGAGGCUUCUUAUGAAGACUUCUUUUCAUCAUGUAAUGAAAAUGAAGUACAGGUACGAGUACGAAGAGUAUCACAUAGUUCUCAGGAAUUUUGUUGCAGUGACUCUUUUACAAGCAUGGACUCACUCGGUAUGAGUUUCUGUGAGCCACAGACUAGUUCCAAGAAAAGUAGGAAAAAGUCUAUUCCAGCAAAUGAUGUUUCAGUAGAGAAAAACUUCAAACCAGCUGAACAUCCUGGAAGUGUGCCAUUAAAUUAUAUGUCAGAUGGUGAAAAAACUGAUGCUGCAGAAGCUUUAGAUUCUGAUGAUGUGAAUAGGUUGCUUCAGCAUGCUUGUGAAAAAUCCUACAGAACCAGUGUGAAUUACUCUACUUACACUACUGGUGAUGAAAAAGAAGUUUCAGAGUGUCAUGUUACUGACGACUCUUGCAAAUGCAUUUUUAAUGAACAAAAGAAUAAGCACAAUGAGGGGUUAAGAAAAACUAGAAGACUCCAAAAGCCAACAAGGACACUAGUUAUGACGAGUAUGUCUUCCGAGGAACAAAAUACAGUAAUUCAGGUGGUGAAUAAACUUGGAGACUUUUUAUUCUCAGAUGAUGUAGGUGAAACAACAAGUCAUGUAGUUGCAGGGAGUCCUCGUCGUACCUUGAAUGUUUUGCUGGGAAUUGCUCGUGGCUGUUGGAUUGUUUCUUAUGAAUGGGUUCUGAGGUCUUUGGAAUUGGGCCAUUGGAUCUCAGAGGAACCAUAUGAGCUUUCAUCCAGCUUUCCUGCAGCUCCUAUCUGCAGACUUCAACGUCACCUAUCAACAGGAAAAUUCCAGCAGAAUCUCUUUUCAAACCUGCCUGCCAUGUUCGUUUCUCCGACCAGUCAGCCACCCUGCAAAAAGCUAACAGAACUUAUACAGCUGUCAGGAGGCAAAAUAUGUAAAGCCUUACGUCAGGCAAAAAUCUGUAUAGGAAAAAAACCAGGAAAGAAGUACGAGGACAUAAAAAGUUUAUCCGAAAAAUGGGUAUUAGAUUCAAUCACUCAGUAUACAAUAUGUCCCAUGGAAAACUACAUUUUUCAGCUGUGAGCUAACUCAAGAGCUUCCAUAUGGUUGUAAGUAAACAAGCCUAGUUUGGAUUUAACAGAAAAAAAAAAAAGCUGUGAACAGAAUUUCUAAGAAAACACAAGGUACAUAUUUACAAAUGCAGAGAAAUGUUUUCUACAUUUUUAUUGCUUGUGUAAGAGUUCAUCUUGUGAAACCUUUAGUUUUUAUAAUACAGUACUUCCCUAAUAAAAGUCUUUUAUUAUUUGUUGAAGACCUUUGGACCCAAAUGUUGAAUGAAUUGUUAUGUAUUGGGAGGAUGUGGAAAGAUAUUUUCUAAUCUCUAAGUAAAGUUGAUCACGUUACAGUGCAAUUAAAAGAUGUGCAUGCAGCGUGGGUGAGUGUGCCUGAGCUAGCUCUGGUAUAAGUCAGCAGGAGCUGUGCUACCAAUGCAGAUGCAUGGAUUCUGUAGUCUCCUCUGUUCCAAGUGCCUCCGUGGACAGCUGAAGGCCCAUGUUGCCACACCUUCAUGACCAUUGCUAAUUACAUUUCUUUGGUAAAAGGAUAAGGUUGCCCAUCAUGCUCAGCUCACACCUGCUGGUGUAAACUUGCACUUCUAAAGUGAGUUUUCAAGAGUAAUUGAAACUCAGUAAUUACGCUCAAAUGCAUAGUUAAGAUAUUAGUUUAUUCCAGUACCUUUAAUUGAAUUUCAAACUGUGUCUACCUUACAUCUAGGCUGAAACCAUAAACAGUUACCGAUCCUGAGUCAAAUGAAUUAAGACAACACAUCACUCAAAUGCUAAAAUCUAUUGAAAAUGGAACAUAUCAUUAAAUCCUCUAGGUAUGCUUGAAAAAUGUAUGCAAAUACCUUAAACGUUAAAUUCCUCUUCAACCUGCCGUUUCGAUUUUAGCAGGUGCAAAGUAAGAUUUGUAUGUAAAGUACGUUGUGUAACAUUUGUUUAUCUAUAAAUGUACAACCUAUAAAUGUACAAUAUUUGCAAGGUCCAUCAGAAUGAUAAAUCAUCAUCAUAGAAAAUAAUGUAUUAACAAGUAACUUAAUGGCAGCUUAUAACUUACACCUUCCAAACUCAGUGCUCCACUCAGAGUACUGUCAGUGUAAGGCAAUGGAAACCCUGUAUGAAAAAUAAUUAUUUCAAGUUAAUAUUAUGGAACAGUCAAGGUACCACGGUUUAUAAAUGUUCCCAUUCUGUUGCACUGUUCUAGCUUCCUGGGCAUUUUAAAGGACUUGGAUAUAUGAUUUCUGUAAACUUGAGAAUUAUGCAAAUUUUUACUUCAAGUUCAGCAGUAUCUGGGUGGAAGAUUGCUUCAGGCACAAACUGCAUUAGUGUAGUUGCUCUGUAAAAUGUUAAACAUACUUCUUAAUGGAAAAGUUCCAAGUUAUGAUUAUUUUAUGGAAAUUAAACUGACUUUAUUUUCAGAAAUACUGAGCACCUGUAACUCAAAAAGUUAAGAUCUCAUUUUCAACUAAGUGCUAUAUAGCUAGUUUUAGAUAAUAAACCAGAAAAUAUAAUUUAUUGAGGUCUCUUCCUUGCUUAGUUUUCUGACACACGUUUUUAACAGUAUCUUAAAAUUGGUAUGUUUGAUACAAAAAUUCGGUAAUCAGGUCUCUCUACUAAUUGCACUGUUUACAAUCAAAACUAUUUCCCCAUUCACUAGAGAGCACUGGUAACAUGGUAUCACUCUUCAUCCUUGACCUUAUAUGCCCCUUUAUUAAGAAACUAGUUGCCAAGUACUAUAGACUAAAAUAUAAAUAACUAAUUUGUGACAUGUGAACAUAUGGUUCCCAGUAAAUAACAGAAUAAUUUGUUUGAAUUAUAUUGCCUAACUUUGAAUAUUACAACCUCCUAGUUUAUUUUGUUGUCAUUUCCUAAGUGUACUAUCCAUAAAAAUCUGUCACUAUUAAUUUAUAUAAUAUACCAUUCCAAAUCAGUUUUCUCAAAAAUUUUAAGAUUAUUCUCAGCUAUUUAAGUUGUAAAUUCUUGGAUCAACUUGUUAGUCACACGCGUAACAGACUUGACAAUGAAAAGUCUAAUAUAAUUUUUUUCUAAAUUAAAAUGUCUCAGAUAAAACAAUCUGUCAAUUUAUUUUGUCUUAAAUUAUAUGGUCUGAUAGAAAUCCCUUCCUAUUGGCUGUUCUUGCAAAAUUUGUAGCACACAGGUAAAUAUAGCCAGCAGGAAAUCGAAUGCCUAGUUUUGGUCUCACAUUACGGGCAACAGGAGUGCUGUCCAUCCAUCCUGACUACUGCUUUGUAACAGUACAUAGUGAAUACAGGAGGGGUUAGAAGAUCAGCAUGUUGUACAGGCAGUAAAAAAGAAAUACUCUUUCAUGUUUAUAGCCGGGAGUCUUUCACACAAACAGCUUCUGGCCUAUGUACCCUAGUGUGCAUUCCCAACCACCUCAGUGCUGGAAGGAAUUUCUACCUAAGACCUCAUCAGGAAAAGACACUGACUCUGGUCAUCCCCUCAGUAAACCAACAUGAGGGGGUGAAUGAUGAAAACUUGUCAAAUGAUUCAUUUGUCAGAAUACAUCCACCAACCGAAAAAACACUUGUACUUCAUACCAAGGUCCUAAGGAUGGUAACACACAGAAGAAAAGGCACAAAACCCAGCAAUGCGAAGCAUCAUUGAUUCAGGGGUAGUUUUGAGUUGAUCAGUGCUAAGAUCUUUGCAACAUACAGUGCUUAACUGACACUCUGCCAUAGUACAGCACAGCCGUGCUGCCUCCUCUACAAAGCGGUAUCGUGCUCACCUUAUCAGGAAUCUACAUUUUUAUUAUUAUUUUUUCAUUUUUUUGCUCUCAAUCUUUUUUUUUUUUUUUUUUUUUGUGGAGGAGAGGUUGUCUUAAUCUUAUGUUUUUUAUCCAGCAUGAGUAUUUUUGCUGUUCAUUUGUGAAAAUGACUUAGGUCAGCUGCUGUCUCUCCUUCUCAGAGAGCUCCUGCACCCCUGAUAGAUGCUGUCUCUAACAAAAUCAUAUCAGCAUGAAUAAAGAUCUUUCUAAGUUAGCUUAAUUUGCUGAGGAAUCUGUUUAAACCAAAAUAAAUUGAAAAUCCAAAAUAAGUAUUAUUCCAUCCUGAGAUUCACAUUGGCUGAGUUAAUUUUUAAAAGUAGUUUAACUCCCAGCACAGGUCCUAUUUUAACUCAUUCCAUUUGCAUCAGGUGAUAUUGCUCACACGCACAGACCACCAACACCCCUUCCCUCCUUCGUCUGCCAGACCUAAGAAGAGGUUUUACCACACUGCCUUAUUUACUGGGGACUCACAUUGGCAAAUGUAGAAAUAUUUGAGGAUAAACCCAGGCAUGAUCUUGAAGAAUGUGUUGCUUAAGUUGACAGAAUGGCAGCAGAAUCGGUGUCCUCUUCAAACAGUAUAUCGGUAAAAAUAAACUAGGAUCUAAACCGAUUUCUUUAUAGCUAGAGUGACUCAUAAUGUGAGAUUGGCCAAGGAUGUGUUUGAAAGCAAGACUCCUAGAAACUCGUAAGAUGGGUGGUUUAUACAUCUCUUUUUUUUCCCCCUUUCUCUGUUUUUGUAAUCAGUUUUAGAUUGCAACUGCAUUUGGAGUGUGUAAAAAAAAUGUAAAUAUUCACAGUGAUCCUAGUGUAUGAGCCAUCUGCUAUUGACUUAUUAAACUACAGAUUUGUUGAGUUGGUUUUAUGUUUCUUGAUAUCUUCCUGACUCAACUAUAGGCAACUUCUUGGAGAUUGUUACUUUUAAAAUAAAAAUAACUAGUAAAAACUAUUGCAUCACUUGAUUUUCUGUUUAUAGCUCCACUAUAAUAAACUUCUGUUAUCUUAAUUGAUCUGAAGAAUGUAAUUUAGGCAUGACUGCAUUAUAUGGUAAAGUGUUAUCAGCACAUUCGGCACUAGGAAGCUGCUAGCACAGACAUGCAGUUUUUAGUUAAACCUAUAAUCAGCUUAGGGACUGUAAGGCAAAGGUGCUUUUAAUUAGUAUUUCUGAGCAGGAACUGUGGCUUUGUGGAGCUGUGUUUCUAACACUUCUAGAGCAUAAAAUGAAGGUAUCCCAGAAACAACAUCUAGAAAGCUGAUUAAACUAAUUUUUUUCCUCAAGAGGAACACACCGCGGUGGAAAAAAAAUGGAGUAUUCACUCCAUGUGCUGAAAACUGGCAAACAUGAAAAAGUCUGUGUCUGUGCCAGCAGUCUGACUUCUUUAAUGACUGAUCUAAUAACAUAAAACCAAAUGGCUCUAGUCCUACUGCAUUAAGCAGAGUUUUAUUUCUGAUCUCCUUUUAUUGCUGCAUUUCAGAAUGAGCUCUUUGCAUGACAUGAUGAAAUGGCGCGCUCUGGAAGAGUAUCACCCUUACUACCGCAUCAUGCAGCCACUGAUAAUAAGGUGGUUUCAAACUGCUAAUAGUAAAUAAAUAACAGCUGGUAUUUAGGUUAUCAGCACAGGUGUCUGUUAACAGCUUUUGCUAGAAGCUGGCAAAGCAGAGUUUUUCUUCUGUUGAUACAGAUGUGAAACAACCCUCCAAACAUCCAGGAGCGGCUCAAACUCCUGUGCACGGCUGAGGUGUUGAUAGGUAGCAGCCAGGUGUACUGUAGGACUGCAAGUUCCUUUGAACUGCCAGAGUCAGCUUCCUUCAGAGGGAUUGGCAGUGAUUUGUGGCCUAAUGCUGGAGGCGCAGCCCUCCCAGCCUGCCGACAGGUCCACACCUUCCUCGCCUCUGGGAAUGCCACGGUCACGCUAGCUGAACCUUCAUGCCUUCUUGCAUGCUAGCUUGUGUUGUUUGCCAAGUAGCUUCUGUUGUCUGUAAAGCACCUGAACUAUUGCUAGAGACAGAACUGCCCUGUGGUGUUUAUUUCCCAAGGAGAUUUAUCAAUGCCCAGAAUGUCUUUCAUGUUGUUUUUGGACAUGUAUAAAAAAUCUGCAGUUGCAUGUGAGGUGGCGAAAGGAUUGGUACUGCCUGUCCAGACAGGUUUGGUGUUUGCUUUUUCCUUCUUCACAACAGGUUUUGUGGAACCAUACAGUGAGGACUUCCAUGAGAGAGAACAACUAGGUCUUUAGGGAGGAGUGUGCAGAGGUAGGUGGUUUCACAACAUUGUUGCUGUGACAUGAUCUUUUAAUAACAGGAAAAGCAGCUGAAGCUGAAACUUGGAAACUCUGCUAUAAGUAGUUACUUUCUGCAGGGUCUCUCUUAAGACCCUGCUUUUUCAGAACUUUGGAUAAUUAAAGAAAUACACUUUCAAAACUGCGGAAGGAAAUAGCUUUACAAUUAGGAACUGUUACAGAGCUGGUCUCACAUCUAAAUUACACUGCAGGAUAUUUACACACAAAAGUCAAAAGAAUGCAGCCUGGAGCACAGUGUAAGUAAGGAUGAAAUAGCCUUGUCAAAGAUGGGAAAACUUCCUUGAUAAGGAUAUCACAGACCUUGCCACUAGGCAGUGAAGUACUCUGUGCAGAGGAACAGAAUCAAGCAAAUCCUUUCACUCAAAUCAAGAAGAGGCACAAUUUUUGUAUUAUACAGUGACUGAGCAUGAUCAUCUUUUCCUCCGUCAUGUUCUUCCAAAAUAACUAUUUCCUGUAUAUUGCCUACAGAUUCCAUAGCCCUGUGUCAAUCAAGUUCAUAAAACAUAGCCUGUCUGACCUGACCCUCAUCUCUAAAGUGUAAAUGUUUUCCUCAGCCAGGCACCACGGUUUUAAUGGAAACUUCAAGAUGUAUCCCUCCCUUUCUGCCAGAACUGCUGUCCAAGCCCAGAAUUACAGUUUUCUUCUUGACUGCUGUUAUCUUUCCCUCAGUCAACAAUUUUAAUAUCAGUUCCUUUUGUCCACCAAACUCCUGUUUAUAAGACUAUUUGUGCAGUUCUUUGCCAUCUUCACUAUUUUAGUCACUACUUGUUUCAUUCUUCCAGUUCAUCGAACAAAACUUCCUUUCUUUUCUAAGCUCUCAUCACUGUAGUCUCACCCUCCCCAUCAGAUCUGACAUCCAUGUACUUUUUGACUCUCACUUUUGUUUCAUUACAGGAUACCAACCUUGAUCAUUGAAUCUUGUGGGGAGAGAAUGGGAUGGGAUGGUUAAUAACCAUUUUCACGCUUCUCCUUUCGGACUUCCCUUUUACAAGUUACUGUAGAAAUCCAUUGUGCAGUUCUCCAUUCUCUCCAUGUCCUACUUCAAAGCCCGCCACUUCUUUACCACUCGUAGUAUACUGCAACUACCUGGUUAGGGCUAGGCAGGUAGAAAGCUAUACUCCGAGCUUCUGAUGGACCAAGAACCAUAUAUUUGCUGUUGUGCUUAGAUGAUGUUAUGCUGGUCCAUCUGUUCUAGCCCAGAUGCACCAGAGUUCAUCUGCCUCCUUCACAUGUCCCCAGAUGAAGCUCUCCAGCACAUUGAUGUGUUUAUGAGUGGAAAAGUCCCUGGGACCAUUAGACUCUACCUUGCCAUAAAAACGGAAGAAGAGUCAUAACAGAAGAGAUUCCUGUUGUAUUAAGAGAAAGAAAAUGAGCUCAACUCUUGAUGAAUUUGAGGUUUGGAAAAAAGGGGGCUGAGAUGCAAACAGAGAAGAAAAAUAAGUUUGAAAAUAUCCUUUUAAAACACCCAGCAUUGUCUUAGGGAAUACUUGAGUAAUAUACAUAUGGCUGCUAAUAAGGCUGUAAAUGGCUGCAUUGCUGCCAAUAAAAGAUGCCAUCUGGUAGGUCUGCCUAUUAAAACACAAGUUCGUCUGCACCCUUUUAAGUCUGUUUUUUCUUGCUGCGGGAGGUUGCUGAAUCAUUAAGAGAC